AUGCGUGAAAUAGUACAUGUUCAAGUUGGCCAGUGCGGCAAUCAAAUUGGUGCUAAGUUUUGGGAAGUUCUAUCAGAAGAACAUGGAAUUGAUCAAACAGGAAAAUAUCACGGACAUUCUUGUUUACAAUUAGAAAGAAUCGACGUGUAUUACAAUGAAGCGUCAGACAAAAGGUACGUGCCGCGCGCGGUGCUGGUGGACCUGGAGCCCGGCACCAUGGAGUCGGUGCGCUGCUCGCCCUUCGGCCGCAUCUUCCGGCCGGACAACUUCGUGUUCGGGCAGUCGGGCGCGGGCAACAACUGGGCCAAGGGCCACUACACGGAGGGCGCCGAGCUCAUCACGUCCGCCAUGGACGCCGUGCGCAAGGAGACGGAGGCGUGCGACUGCCUGCAGGGCUUCCAGCUGACGCACUCGCUGGGCGGCGGCACGGGCUCGGGCCUGGGCACGCUGCUCGUGUCCACGCUCAAGGAGGAGUACCCGGACCGUGUCUCCACCACCUUCAGCGUCAUGCCCUCGCCCAAGGUAUCCGACACAGUCGUCGAGCCAUACAAUGCAACGCUGUCGGUCCAUCAACUAACGGAAAACACUGACGAAACGUUCUGCAUAGAUAACGAAGCUCUCUACGACAUUUGCUUCCGAACUCUCAAACUCGCCCAACCAAGUUACGGAGACCUGAAUCACAUAGUGUCUAUCGUUAUGUCCGGCAUCACUACGUGUUUGCGGUUUCCUGGCCAACUGAACGCAGAUCUUCGAAAACUAGCUGUCAACAUGGUCCCGUUCCCACGCCUCCACUUCUUCAUGCCAGGUUACGCCCCUUUGACAGCUCGCGGGAACCAACCCUACGCGAAUAUCACAGUGUCCGAACUAACGCAGCAAAUGUUCGACGCAAGAAACAUGAUGGCUGCCUGCGAUCCCAGGAACGGAAAGUACUUGACCGUGGCGACCGUGUUCCGCGGAAAAAUGUCCAUGAAGGAAAUCGACGACCAGAUGAUGAAUGUUCAAAACAAGAACAGCAAGUUUUUCGUGGAGUGGAUCCCUAAUAACGUGAAAACCGCGGUCUGCGAUAUCCCGCCUCGCGGAAUGAAAAUGUCGGCCACAUUCAUCGCCAACUCCACGGCCAUUCAAGAGCUGUUCCGUCGAGUAAGCGAACAAUUUAGCAUGAUGUUUCGACGCAAAGCGUUCUUGCAUUGGUACAUUGGCGAAGGAAUGGAUGAGCUGGAGUUCACAGAAGCGGAAUCGAACGUUAAUGAUUUAAUAUCAGAGUAUCAACAAUACCAAGAAGCGUCUUCAGAAGAUGAUAUGUUUUUUGAUGACUUGGAAAUCGAGGAGGCAUAG